CCCCUUUUUAUUGAUGGCUCGUGGUGUGUGCCAGUGGGGCCUAUGUUUCCUGAUUUCCUUGCCACGGCGCUCCCAUCGUCGUUGCAUCUUUCUGUUGCCCUGCAGCACCCAAUGGGCAGUGCGGAGGGCGAUACUUUAGCAUCGCUUUGUUUUCACAGUAAACCGCACGAGCGUUAUGAGGACACCUUUCAUUUCCUUGUGGUGCAGACCCUCAUUUCAAGCAACCGGCUGUCGCAUUCUGCAAAUGAAAUAGCAAGGAGUCGAAGUACACUCUUUUCAGGCGAUGUAAGCUGGCGGGAUUUGGGUACAUUGAUUGGGGUAAGUAAGUCGUUUGGAAACGGUCUUUUCCGUCUGAGUGCCUCCUCGAUGAUGCACGAUGGCGAAAUGGACUAUGAGGCCGCGAUGAUGUUGGACGCAACGCCUGCCUUUGCCAAUCAGACACAGUUUAAAGUUGGGAUUAAUAAAGUUGGUUGUAUUGGCAUCGGUAUUGCCACAAAAAUUUUUGAGGGUCUCCAGCUGACGCUAGGCGUACAUCACUUGCGCAGGUCCGGCACGCGAUUUGGACUUGAGAUAGCAAUUUAG